AUGGCAGCUUUAAUCGGAAAUGAUAUUCUAGACAUUGGCUCUCGCAAGGCCAGAAGACAACGGGAGGAUCCCAUGGCUCCAGGUUUUGCCUUCGGAGCCCCUGGGCAAUUUGAUAUCCCCAAUGUUGCAGAUCCCGCUGCUUAUUGCCGCAGCAACUUUGCAUCCGUUUGUGGAACAGGUGACGAAGAUCAAUCGGUCAAGUUCAUGAAGGGAACCACCACUCUGGCCUUCAAGUUCAAUGGAGGUGUCAUUGUUUCUGUCGAUUCUCGUUCCACCAUGGGAGCCUACAUUUCUUCUGGUACCGUCAAGAAGGUGAUUGAAAUCAACCCCUUUCUUCUAGGAACCAUGGCUGGUGGUGCCGCCGAUUGUUCCUUUUGGGAGCGCAAUUUGGGAAUGGAAUGCCGACUUUAUGAGCUUCGAAAUGGACGCCGAAUUUCCGUCGCUGGAGCUUCCAAGUUGCUGGCCAAUGUCAUGUCAUCCUAUCGGGGAUAUGGUCUUUCCAUGGGUACCAUGAUUGCCGGAUGGGACGAAAAGGGACCCCAACUGUAUUACGUCGAUGACGAUGGUACUCGUCUAAAGGGAAAGAUUUUCUCUGUUGGUUCUGGAUCAACCUAUGCGUAUGGUGUUUUGGAUAACUACUACCGAGAAGAUUUGACGAUUGAGGAAGCCGUUGAUUUGGGCAAGAGAGCCAUUUACCAUGCUGCCCAUCGUGAUGCAGCCUCUGGAGGUAUCAACAACUUGUACCACAUGACAAAGGAUGGAUUUGUCAAGGUUCACUCGAUUGAUGUCAACGAUAUGCACUACCAAUUCGCUGAAGAACGGGCCCGGGCAAUGCAAUCUUAA